AGGCUGUAAAGUUAGUGAAAGAAGGGUCCAUUUUGAAAAGCACUGUGUAGUCGAUCUUCCCGUAGUAUCUUACCUACAAGAGAGUCGAUUGGGCCCUGCAAGGUGAAUGGGCGAUGGGCAUCAAGAGCAAAUAAGUGAAAAUAGGUUAAAAAAGAGAUGGAGAGACGGAAACAGCGAAAUAAGGAAUAAAACUGGAAAACUGAUGAAUUGUCCUGUAUCAUAUAUUGGUGCUUGCAAAGCGAACGGCAGAUCGGCAGGGCUCAUUGUGGAUAAAGAUUUUUUUUUCGAAAAGAAAGAAUGAUGAAGAACUAAAAUGAAGAUUGAAUGAGAAUGAGAAAAGGCUGUAAAGUUAGUGAAAGAAGGGUCCAUUUUGAAAAGCACUGUGUAGUCGACCUUCCCGUAGUAAGUACAUUUGCUGUCUAGAAGCUGCUUGGUAACUGUAUGUUUUAAGAUUGAUAUUGUAUCGAAAAGGUAUUCAAAUAUGACUUAUUAUUCGUACUUCGAUCCUAUUCUGGAAAUAUGUAAACUUGCCCAGAUAGAUCGGAGCUCUUUACAGUGUUUCUUUGAAAAUGGGUUCGUAAAGUAUUAUGUUCUGCACAAGUUGGCACCUCCGAGAAAAAAACAUUAAUUGGAUCAAGUUAUUCAAACAGAUUCAUACAAUUAAGAUUUGCAUACUUUACUUUCUCUUUUUGUACAAUUUUGGAGCUCUUUAGGAGUUGGCUGCCUGAGAAAAUAUGCUCUUCCUCGCGCUUCAGAAAGGUUUGGAGGUAGUAUUGCUUUCACACAAAAGUUACCUCUUGUCGAUAGAUGGCCCUCCUCCUUCCGCUGAGAAUUCCUAAUGCCGCAUAUGCUGCUACAAACUUGCGUCGCCAUAGUUUUCACUGGGUUAUAUUCGUUUAAAAAGGGGACAAAAGACACCUAGUUCCGACGUUGUCUCAUAUUGUAAUAAAAAUU